CUUCUCUUAAUCAAACCUCCCUGUCCUCCCGCUCCACCACACUUUGUGACUGUGUGUGUCCUUCUCAGGUGAAGAGCCACAUGACUCAGCAAGAGAGGAAGGAAAGAGGUGAAACUCCAACUGUCCCACCCAGACCUACUAAAGAGGAGCAGGGCAAAACAGUGAGACAAAAGCAGAGGAGCAGCCAUCAGAGCCAAUCGGACAAUGAAGGCCCCAAAGAAGGAGACGAGGGAAGCCCUCAAGAAACCAAAACUACCAAGGUGAAAAAACCCAAACACCCUAAUCCGUUCAUGCCACGUACUGGACCCAAGCUUCAAGCUCCGUCUGAUGAUGAAGGGCUGAAAGAAGAAGACGAUGAUUCUUCAUCCAAAGAGGAACAGAAAGAUGAGGAGGGCACGGACAAAAAGAAGACCAAAGUCAAGAAACCCAAGAGACACAAUCCUUUCAUGCCAAGGGUCAAGGUAACAUUCAAAUAACUGACGUGUUCAAACUUGUUUCCUCCCUUGUUGACAA